AUGCAGGUACAGCCGCCCCUGCCCUCGUGGCUGGGGCGGCGGAAGCGCCAGAAGCGUACGCCCGCGGUGGCCAACAGCAACGGCGCGGAGCACGCGCGGCCGAACGAGGAGCUCGGCAGACAGCACGACCAGCCCCUCAGGGCCCAGUCGCCGCCCCUGCCCUCGUGGCUGGGGCGGCGGAAGCGCCAGAAGCGGGCGCGCACGGUGGCCAACAGCAACGCGCAGCCGAACGAGGAGCGCGCCGGGGGCAAGAAGCCGCGCACGGGGGGCAAGCACAGCGGGAGGACACCUGCAACACCACUGGGCGCCGUGUCACCGAACCGGUCCGGGCAGCGGAUUCCGGACCAGCUGCAUGAUUCGCGGCCCAGUCUUGCUGCCUCAGGCGGGACGGGCACGAACACGGCGACGGAGGAGCUCCGGACCGCGUCAGCCGACGUUGACGCGUCAACGUCGUACGAGACCGGGCUUCCUCCCGCAGACGCCGCCGAGACCGGGCUCGUCAACGCGGAUCUCGCGCUCGACGCCCCGAUCCCCCUCGGCGCCGAUGGAGGCGAGCCGGGCGGGUCGCGGCUCGAGGCCGGUGCGGCGGACCCCGGCAUCCCGCCGGCGCGGAUGAGUCUGCGCCAGUGGUCGAACAACACCACGAUCCCGGUCGAGCUCAUCCCCGGAGACACAGGCAAGCUGACGAAGGCGGACAUCGAGCGGGUCAAGGGCAUGCCGCAGAAGGACGCCGCGGUGAAGCUGGAGGUGAAAUUGUGGACGCUGAAGCAGAGAUGCAGAGACCUGGGCAUCAAGUGGCGCCGCGUCCUCACGCCUGAAGAGAUCGCCGGGGUCCAGGGCAUGCCGCAGAAGGACGCCGCGGAUGAGCUGGGGAUGACGCUUGGCGCGCUGAAGAAGAGAUGCGGAAGGCUGGGCAUCAAGUGGCGGCGUGGCGCGAAGGACCUCACGCCUGAAGAGAUCGCCGGGGUCUCCGACAUGCUGGACGUGGACGCCGCGGAUGAGCUGGGGGUGAGCGUGAGGACGCUGCAGAGAGCGAGGCAACCGCUGGGCAUCAAGUGGCAGAGCGACCCGCGCACCUCGCGCAUCUCGAGCACUGACUUCGUGGCGUUCCGCCAGGGUCACGCCACCUCGCGCGCGGACACCACGCUCGACGACAUCCUACACGACACGAUGAUGGUGCUGAGCCUCGAGGAGAUCGCUGUCCAGCGCACGGGCGCUCGAUUCACGGUCACCAUGCGCUUCCAGUCGCGCCUCUAUUUGGCCGACGUCAGGAGGUGGCUCCCGGAGGACAUGCGGGACUCGCUGGAGGCCGCGCGCGACGACGACGUCGACGACGUUCUCGCCGCCGCGGAAGGCAAACACCGCGGGAUGGCCCACACCGAAUCGCUACAGCAGCAGAAGAGCUCCAUCUACAUGGAUAGGGCGUGCGCGCCGCAUGUCACGCCGGAGGCUCUUGCAGAGGUGCAGACGGCGUCGAAGUACGUCGAGGCCACGGGCUGCGAGUUCUGGGGUCCGCCGACGACGACGACGACGGUCGACGCACCUGGGUCGCGCGACCACGGCCGCGCCAGGCUCGACGCAAUGCACUGCGGCCCGGGCCUGCUUCCGUGGCUGGUCAACGCGGCGGGGCCCGGCGCGAAGGUCCUGCGCCCUCUGAAGAAGCAGGGAGGAGAUGCCUGCGUCAUCCCGGAGGGAUACGAUGCCGGUGAGCUCGAGCUGCUGCAGACCAAGCCCGGGUUCUACCUCACCAUGGUCUGCCUGCGGGACCUGGUGGCAGACGGCGAAGGCCUCAGCACGGAAGAGGUCGAGGCGCUCGAGGGGGAACAAUACGGCGCCUGCGUGUGGGACUACCUGGGGAUCUACCAGGUGUCGUUCUUCGCCCGACACGUCAACCGCAAACACUAUCAGCUGAACGACGGCCUCUGGCGGCUGGUGUUCCCCGUGAUCUGCGAAUGCCCCGGCGUCGUGGAACGACUGGGCCUGCAGGUGGUGAAGUUUCCGACGAACUCGCUGCUGAACGGGGGCAAGACCCGACCCAGCCGCGAGGACGUGGAGGCGUUCGUCCCCGUGGGAACCAAGAAGCUGCAGGGGGACGUCAUCACGCCGAAGCACGUGAAUGACGCCUGCGACGAAAUCAAGGCGGCCGCAGCAGCCGCGGGCCAAAGGCUCGUGGACGCCGGCGAGUCCGGGAGGGUCCUGCGUGCGCUGCAGCGGGAGUCUGGACUCGCGAGUGGCGACAACCUGCCGGACGGCGAAAUCCGGGACCUGGGCGCCAGGAAAUACGAUGAGUGCGGGGUGAUCAAGCUGUGGAUCGGCCUGACCACCCUCGCAGAGUUCUUGGAGGACUCGGAGAACGCGCGUGCCUUGAAGGACCAAGCAGGCCCUGGCCGGGCGCAGCAGCUUAGGAAAAUGAUGCUGGAUCCGCUGCAGCGCCUGGUGUUUGGGUGCGACGAGACGUGGUCGCUCCAGGAAGUUCUGGACGCGCUGCAGUAG